AUGCCAAAGUUCAGGCUCCUGACCGCCGCCGCGCUCCUCCUCUUCGUGGCCAACUUUGUCUUCCACGGCCGCUCGGCACCUCGCCAGGUCGACGCGCCCGGCGGGGCGGCCGGCCGCUCUCUCGUGGCGGACGGCGAGCCGGACGUGGCCGCCUUUGCGGAGCGGGUGCGCCUGGCGCUGCGCCGCUUCCAAGAGCGGCGCCAGCGGCAGCUGGCCUUCGCGCGCUGCAACCACACCUACGGCAGCCGGACGGACGGUUUCCUCCCCGGCUGUCCCGCCGCCGGCUGCGUCGCCUGGCCGAGCCUCGAGGCUGCAAAGGCAGUGUGCUCUCAGUGGUCCGACUGCGGUGGAGUCACCGCGUCGCGCGAGGGCGGGUGGUUUGAGCCUCGCGCCCGGCGCGUGCCGCUCCCUUCGCCCGCCGGCGAGGUUUCCUGGGUGCGCACGACCAACGACGAGCAGUGCUACGGCGGCCUGCGAGGGCCGUGGACGCAGCCGCCCUCGCAGCCAAACGAGGCCGCGCUCGCAGUCUCUCGCGCGUACACGGCCGUGGUCGACGCCGCGCUCGCGGAGACGCCGGCGCUGACUCGCCCGCGCAGGCCGCCCAGGGAGGACGGGACGAUCUUUGUCUCGAUCGGCGCGCACCGGGACCCGCUCUGCGGCGCGACUGUGCGGCGCGCGUUUGCUCGUGCGGCUCGGCCGGAGCGCCUGAGCUUUGGCAUCGUGCAGCACAACUGCGAGCGGGCCUGCCUCAACGUCACCGGCGGCUUCGGCGCGACGCGCCGCUACCCGCCGCAGCUCGGCGCCGACGAGGACUGCGUGUCUGCCUUUUGCGCGUCGCCCGAGGGCGAGCCGCACUGCGCGAGCGGGCGGGUGCGCAUCCUGCGGCUGGGGGAGGAGGAGGCGCUCGGGCCGAUCUACUCGCGCUUCCUCGCCUCGCACCUCUGGCGGGGCGAGACCUUCUUCCUCCAGAUCGACGGGCACACCGACUUUCGGGCGGGCUGGGACUCGGCGCUCGUGCAGAUGGCGCGCCGCACGCCCUCCUUCCCGCGGUCGGUGCUGUCGAACUACCCUCCGGAGGGGUCGCCCGCCUCCGCGGCAGCCUGGCCCAGGCCCACCGACGCCGAGGAGAGGGUCGAGCGGCCGGCGGGCGGGCUCUGCUCCUAUUCGUACGAGAACGUCCUCCCCGCCGGACGGCUGAGCGCACGGCUCGGCGGCUGCCACGCCGCCGCCGCCGGGCGCGCCAAGCCGUCGCCCGAUGGAGCGGGCGCCGCCUCGCCCCGACGGACCGCCUUUGUCGCGGCCGGCUUCCUCUUCUCCCACGCCUCCUUCCUGCGGCUCGCGCCCUACGACCCGUACCUGCCCUGGAUCUUCAUGGGCGAGGAGCUGGCGCACACCUUCCGGCUCUGGACGGCAGGCUUCGACAUCUACUCGCCCAACCUGGACGUGCUGCGCCACGCCUACCGCCGCGAGAACACGCACAAGUUUUGGGAGAAUGUCGACCGCGCCUUUGCCACCGGCGGCAUCCACAACGCGCUGGUCAACCUGACCGUGCAGCGCAUCCAGCACCUGCUCGGCUGGCCCGAGGCGGCGCAGCCGUCUCAGGUGGCCGAGGCGUGGCUGCUCCACCGCAAGGACCAGUUUGGCGCCGGGGCGGUGCGCUCGCGGGACGCCUUUGACGCGAUGCACGGCAUCCGACACAAUAGCACGCCGCGGCGGCAGGAGCCGCCGGGCUGGUGCUGCUUUUAG